AUGUAUCCUGCAGCCAUGCUUUCGGCGUCUAGAUCUGGCAUCAUCGCCUGCGGCGUCUCGCCAGACUACACUGUCGACGAGCUCGCUCACGCACUUACAGUCAGCAAGGCCAGCUGCCUCAUUGCCACGGAGAACAACUGGCAGCGAGCGUGUGGUGCAGCCGAUAAGGUUGGACUGGCACGAGACCGAAUUCUCUGCUUCGACGAGGUAGACGGGGAUCCGUCAAGGAGGAGCAUCCGGAGCCUCAUCCGGGCCACAAAGGAACGAGGUGACGCAUCGUUAAUCGCCCCGUUCCAGCUGCCGCCGGGAAAGACUACCAGCCAAGUGUGUGCCUACCUGGGCUUCAGCAGCGGGACGACUGGGCUGCCCAAGGGCGUCAUGAUCUCUCACGCCAACGUGAUCGCACAGUGUCUGCAGGUUCUUCAACUGACCACGCCAGACCUAGACCAGAUCCUCGCGGCGCUCCCUUUCUACCACAUCACCGGCGUGAUGCACCAGCUACACUUGCCAAUGGUCCUCAACGCCAAUGUGUAUGUGCUUUCUGGCUUCACAAUGGAGCGCAUGCUACGGACAGUAGAGAAGUACAAGAUCAAGGAGCUGUUGCUGGUCCCCCCGAUUCUCAUCCGGCUGGUCAGGGAGCGGGAUCUGGUGAAGAAGUACGACCUGUCACACGUCCGGCGCUUUACGUCCGGCGCUGCGCCCCUUUCCAACGAGAUCUUGGGCCUUUUGGAAAAGCAAUUUCCCGGAACUGGCUUCAAGCAGGCGUACGGAAUGACAGAGUCGUGCUCGUGCGUCACCCUCCACCCACCGUCCAUGUAUAGCUACCGGUACGCCUCCCGGGUUGGCGGCGUCGUUGCGUCGACGGAGGUGCGCAUCGUCGAUCCGGAGACGAACAGGGACUGCUCCGCCGGCCAGCCAGGUGAAAUCUGGGCCCGCGGUCCCCAGAUCACGAUGGGCUACAUCGGCAACCCCCAAGCCACGGCCGAGACCUUUGACGCCGACGGCUUCCUGCACACCGGCGACAUCGGCUACUUUGACUCUGACGGCCUCCUCUCCGUCACCGACCGCAUCAAGGAGAUGAUCAAGGUCAAGGGCAUUGCCGUCGCCCCCGCAGAGAUCGAGAACCUGCUUCUCGGCCACCCGGACGUCGUAGACUGCGCUGUCUGCGGUAUACCCGACGAAAGAGCCGGUGAGAGGCCAAAGGCCUUUGUUGUUCUGCACCCCCGCCAUAAUCAGUCCCAGACGUCCGUCGCCCGCGACCUCAUAGAGUACGUCAAGAGUAACAAGACGAGGCACAAGUGGAUCAGCGAAGUCGAGGUCAUCAACGAGAUUCCAAAGAGCGCGGCUGGAAAAAUUCUCAGAAAGAAAUUUCGCCAGCCAGAUAGGCAGGUUGGUUUAAUUGUUCGCGAGGAAAAGACUUCUUCGUCUCGGCUCUAG